CUUUUUCACAGCACAACAGUAUGCCAGUGCUUUUCAUACUUUAGCAGCCGCCAUAAAUUUACGCAAGGAUAAUGCUGAAUGUUAUAUGCUACUGGGUAUAUGUUUACGCAAACUUGAGGAUUUCGAUAAUGCUUUCACAGCAUUUGAACGUGCCAGUGCAAUCUCCGCCGCAGCAGUUGCCACUUCAACCACUUCAUCAUCCAGUGCUGCAACAGCUAAAGCCUCCAACUCUGCCACAAACAAUCAAAAUGCGAAUAGUAAGAGUACUACUGGCGGUAGUACUAGCAAUAUGUCCCAUAAUCCUUUAAUACAUCUAAAUUUUGCUCUAUUUUGUUAUGAAACUGGUCGUUUGGCGAUGGCUACGGAACAAUAUAAUCGAUUUGUAGGUUGUGCCCAGGAUUUGAUGUUGUUGCCAACUGAAUAUAAGUUUCAAGCAACCAAACUGAAAUCUUUAUUGAAAAUUUCCUCAAGUCAUAUUUUAAGUUGCGGUGACACAGCAAAUACUCCUGCAACUGCUGUUCUUGCCAGUGAUGUAGUUGAUAUUGAGACAGCAGAUUUAGCAACAACAACAACUACUACUACUGCUAAAGCUGCUGAUGAUGAUGAUGCCAGUGUUAGCAAUAUUUACAAUUAUGUAAAUGUUAUCGAAAGAAGAAACAAUAUUCCGGAUGACUUUGCUGAAGAAGACGAGAAAGGAAAUGUGAAAGAACAACGACAGCAACGUUUGAAUAAUGACAACAGCUACAAUGACAAAUACAAUGUCAACGCUGACAAUGAUAAAGACAAAGACAACAAUGAUUUUGCCAGAGUUUCGGAGGAUAAUGACACAAUGUUUGUGAAACAAAAAUCGAAAAUACCAUUAGAAGUAAAUGCAGUGGUCAACUGAGGAUUGUGCAACCAAACUAAAGAGUGACUAACCAAACAAACAACCAAAGGACUGACGACUGAAAGUUAUCUUGUUGUUUUUUUUUUUUGUUUAUGGUUACAUGUUUAAAAUAAAUAUUGUCAUAGAAAUAGUUCAUGCAUAUAAUUUAGAAUAAAAAAUUUCGUGAUUUAAAUGCAAAAAUUAAUUUCAUAAAUUAGGGAGAUAUUUCUUUCGAAAUUUUGUUAUUAAAAAUUGCUUAAGGUCUUGUUGUUCUAUGUUGCUGUUAAACACAAUAUGAUUUGAGACACAGAUUCUGAUUCAGUACUGUUUAAUUCCUUU